AUGUUUUGUGUUCCAAAGCCUUCAACUUUUGUUCCUCCCAAGAAAUCUUCAGAUGUUACCAACAAAAGGGUACCCAAAAAAAGAGUUUUUUCCGAAUUAUCCAGCCAUGUUGAUCGAUUCAACAACAACAACAACAACGGUAACAGCGUUGUUCUUGAUUCUCGUGCCAACAAGAGAGCAAAGGUGGAAAAGAGUGAAGAAAAUUCAAGGAUGAAGAAGGGUACUACUACUGAUGCCGUAAAGGAACAUGAAGACAAGAAGAAACGAGGUUCUUCGAGUAUGGAUGGAUUCAAGAAGAUGCAGUGUUCAGAAACGCUGAAAAGGUUAUUGCUUCAUCCAGACGGAGUGUAUUUCAAGAAAGGAAAGGCUUUGAUGGAUUUGGAGAGGGUUCAGCGGAAGCUGUGGAACAAUUUGUACAACAAAACUGAUCAAUUUGCUUCUGAUAUCAGAACGGUGUUUCGCAAUGUCAUGUCUCAGUACCCCUCGGAGCAUCAAGUUCAUCAAACCGCCGCGAAGUUAAGCGAUAUUUUCGAGACAAAGUGGAAGAAUUUGGAGAGAAGAUGGCUACCUGAGAAGGAAAACAAGUUAGAGAAAGAAGAGCCAAAGCCUUUGAAGUCGAAUGCAGGGGAGAAAAGAAAAAAACUUUCUCAUUCAGAUUUCUCAACUGCUAUUGCCAAAGCUAGAGUUUACUUGCAAAGGAAGAAACAGAGGGAGAUGAUGCAGAAAAUGGAGAGAACAAUUUCCUUUGAUGAUGCUUUCAAGUCCUUUCAGGAUUUGGAAAACUUGUGUGGCCAUUCCCUGACACAUUAUUGGACAAAGAAAAAUCCAUUGUUGAAGAACCUCACAGGUUUGGAAGAAGGAGAAGUUUUUUGA